UACCCAGAAUGUGGAAACAGUCUUGCCCAAGACAUUGAUCUCAAAACACGCCAACACCUCCUUACCGAAGAAAAGCUGUAUCAGUGCUUGGAGUGCGGGAAAAGUUUUAACUGCCAAGCUAAUCUGAAAGUACACCAGCGCAUUCACACGGGAGAGAAACCGUAUAAUUGCCUUCAGUGCGGGAAGAGUUUUGCACAGUCGGGUCAUUUUCAACAACACCAGCGCGUUCAUACGGGAGAAAAGCCGUAUCAGUGUUCGGAUUGUGGGAAGAGCUUUACUCGUCAAGCUAAUCUCCGGACGCACCAACGCACUCACACCGGCGAGAAUCGGCAUCAGUGCUCACAGUGUGGAAAGAGUUUCACUUACCGAAGUAAUCUCGAAAUACACCAGCGUGUUCACACCGGAGAGAAGCCGUAUAACUGCGUACAGUGCGGGAAGAGUUUUGCGCAAGUGGGUCAUUUUCAACAACACCAGCGCGUUCACACGGGAGAAAAGCCGUAUCGGUGCUCGCAUUGUGGAAAGAGUUUUGCACAAGUGGGUCAUCUUCAACGGCACCAGACCGUUCACACCGGAGAGAAGCCGUAUCGCUGUUCGCUGUGUGGAAAGUGUUUUGCCGAAAGUGGUACUCUUACAUCACACAUGCGCGUUCAUACAGGAGAGAAGCCAUAUCGCUGCUCGCAAUGUGGAACGCGUUUUACCAAAAGCGGUAGCCUCAAAGCACACAUGCGUAUUCAUACAGGAGAGAGACCUUUCCAAUGCUUACAGUGUGGGAAGAGUUUUUAUUGCCGGAGCCCUCUCCUAAUACAUCAGCGUAUUCACACGGGAGAGAAACCGUUCCAAUGCUUACAGUGUGAGAAGAGUUUUUAUUGCCGAAGCCGUCUGCAAGUACAUCAGCGCAUUCAUACGGGAGAAAGACCGUUUCCCUGCUUUCAGUGUGGGAAGAGUUUUUACUGCCGGACCCAUCUCCAAAUUCAUCAGCGCAUUCACACGGGAGAGAGACCGUUCCACUGCUUACACUGUGGGAAGAGUUUUUAUUGCCGGACCCAUCUCCAGAUACAUCAACGUAUUCACACCGGAGAGAAACCGCAUGUCUGCUCACAGUGUGGCAAGAGUUUUAGUCUGCUGAGUAGUCUCAAAGUACACCAGCGCGUCCACACGGGAGAGAAGCCGUAUCAUUGCCUACAGUGUGGGAAGAGUUUUGCACAAGUAGGUCAUCUCCAACAACACCAGCGCGUUCACACCGGACAAAAGCAGCAUCACGGAGCACGAGUGGCUCAACCUCAAAAAGUCCAACCUGUUCACAUGGGACAGAAGUUGUAUCGCUGUACACGGUGUGGGAAGAGUUUUACUAGGCGUCGUGCUCUCAAAGCACACGUGCGCAUUCACACAGGAGAGAGACCCUAUAACUGCCUUCAGUGUGGCAAGAGUUUUUAUUACUGGACCUACCUCCAAAUACACCAGCGCAUUCACACAGGAGAGAAGCUGUAUAUCUGCACGCAGUGUGGCAAGAGUUUCGGUCUGCUGAGUACUCUCAAAGUUCACCAGCGCGUUCACACUGGAGACAAGCCGUAUGUCUGCUCCCAGUGUGAAAAGAGUUUCAGACUGCUGAGUAAUCUCCAAGUGCAUCAACGCAUUCACAAGUCAUAUCUCUGAUCACAGAAUGCAUACCCUGUUCUGUACCUUGAUAAAGUAACGGUAUCCAUCUUAUCUUUCACGCAGGUGGAAUCAGCAGUCAUGUAUUAAGCUUGUAGGAGAAAGAAAUGCCCCGUUCAUGGGUGCGCAUCAGAUGCUUACCUUAUUUAUUAAUUCAUCUUCUGGAAAUGUUAUCACUAGUCAUGGUGGUUUAAAUGAGUAUUUUGUUCAUAUUUUAAGGAACAGAAGCAACAUAUUUAUUUGUUAGUGAAUAUUGCAGACAGGUGCAAACAAAAACACUAACUGUAAGCAGACGGGUUGUUUGAGAGUGUCUGCGGGAGCAGGUGGGAGGGAAAGUUUUUUUUUUUUUUAAAUUUAUAAAGAAGUGUCCUGUCCACACCUCUACUCGCGAGCAACCACGUGUAUUCUUGAUUUGAUAUUGUGCAAGUUACUUUUUUAAGUUGUCACUGAUUUGGAAGUCCUGGCUAAACAUAAUAAAUUCAUCAAUAAUGUGUAACCCAAAGUAUUUAAUCUAGCUGUUGUGGAGACAUUAUUUAUAUUAUUAUAAUAAUAUUAAGUCCAGUCUCCAAUUCUUUCUGUGUAGGAUUUUUAAAAACUCUGUUCGUUUCUGAGUAGGAUUUCAGUUUGGUUUCUGGAAGAAUCCGAGUACAGAAUCAGCACAGGCGAAACUUCUCCUGGAUUGUGUAAAUCCUCCACGCCCCAGUUUGUUAACACACUAACUGAAAGGGUUCAGAGCCUAACAAAGUGUAAGAUAGUGUCCCACAAAGAUCUCUUUUAGGGUCCCCUACUCUUCUUUCCUUGUAUUCAGCACAUGGAACAUUUAUCCCUUAAAGUCCCCCCCCCCCCCCAAAUUUAAAAUAGGUGUUUCAGAGCUUUUUGUACCUGUCCCUUUGUGUUAUGGAUUCCAAUAUAAUAGAAGAUAAUAUAAUAAAAUAUAAUAAGUAACAAAUAAGUAGUUUUGAGAUAUUGUUUUAAUAUUAUAGAUAGUCACUUCCAAGAAGGCUUUUGGAACGUUUUACAAUGGUUCAUCUUGUGUUCAUCCUAUUAAAUGUUCUCUACAACGUACAUGCCCUGCCCUACUAGCUAGGUUUGUUUGUUUGUUUGUUUGUUUGUUUUUGGCUGUGCGUCUUCCCGCCAGACUUUUUACAACACAGUGGCCAGGUUAAGACACAAUGACUACAAUGAGUGGCAAUCCAUGAUGUAAUGUGGCACCCCCUAUGUAUGAUAACCUGCAAUGGCCUGAGUAGGGUCCCAAUCAGACAUAAAGGGCACACACCUUAACAACUUUUUUGUUGUUGUGGAGUCAACUACAUAAAAGUCAUAGCUGAUAUACACUCCCCAGGCGCUUUAUUAGGAACACCUGUAUACCUGCACAUGCAUGCAGUUAUCCAAUCAGCCAUGCAGAUACAGGUCAAGAGCUUCAGGUAAUGUUCACAUCAAACAUCAGAAUGGGGAAUAAGUCUGAUCUCUGACUUUAACCAUGGCAUGGUUGUUGGUACCAGAUGGGCUGGUUUGAGUAUUUCAGAAACUGCCCAUCUCCUGGGAUUUUCACACACAACAGUCUCUAGAGUUUACACAGAAUGGUGUGAAAAACAGAAAACACUGAGCGAGUAACAGUUCUGUGGGUGGAAACGCCUUGUUAAUAAUAGAGGUCAGAGAAAUAUGAUGAGAUUGGUUUGAGCUGCCAGGAAGGAUAUAGUAACUCAAAUAAUCACUUAAAUACUAAAAUCCGCCUGCUUGGCUGAUUUAAUGACUGCAUGAAUGUACAUGUGUUCCUAAUGUCAUGUCUUCUUCAGCUUUCAACACAAGCUUCAUUUCCUAUAAUAUUCCACAACUGCUAACCAUAUCUGCUACAGAUUCCCUUUUCCACAAUACAUUACUAUAAUCACAUGAUCAUAUCCACAGUCGCAGUAUCUGGAAUUCUGACUGCAAACACCUGUAACACCUGUAACGGCAUCAGACUUUAAUUAGAGUGUUGCAAAGUCUUAUUCCUAGUUAUUCCAGUGACAUAUCUGAGCCUACAUUGCUCUGUUGCUGAUCACCUGAUUUUGGAUUUGCCCUUCUAGUUUGCCUUCUCUGUGGACUUUAAUCAAUAAAACUCUGUAUUUGCAUCCAACUCUCUGCAUUAUUUGUGACAACAUAACAUUAGGUAACAUCUGAAUUACAUUACAGCGAUGAAUUCAACCUAAUAAGAGACUGAAGAAAUCCAGUGUUAUGAUUCCAAUUAAUGAAAUUCCUGUUUGUUUGUUUGUUUUUCUAACUGUAGGAAAUAGUUCACUUCUGUGUUAAGCUAGCUAAACUUGCCUGGUCUAUGCAUUAGCAGAAUGAUGAAUAAACGUUAAAACUUCCCAGUAGUAGUGUGUGUU